AUGACAAUCAUCGGUUACAAUCGACGAUUAUCAAUUGUAAUUAUUUUACUUGCAUCAUUGGCUGUUCUACUCGUUGCAACAUCAGUUGCUGCUUUUGUUUAUGUUACACGAAGAGAAAAAGUUCUUCGAAAAUCUCAUUUAAUAUCUGUAAUCAUUAUAAUAUUUGUCGAACUUGCAUUUUUAAUUGCUGUUGUCAGUUGCUGUAGUAUUCAAUCAAAAAAUAUUCAAGGUCAAAUUUUAGCUGCUCUUCUAAUUGUUCUUUCUUUUCUUGCUCUUAUGACACUUAUCUAUUUUUUACUCGAAGAUGUACUUAAAGAACGAAUACAACCAUGUCCAAAUGAUACAACUACUUCUAAAUCAUUUACAGUACAAGAAACUAAACCAACUAGUCGACAUGAAUCACCAAUACCAGUACCUAUUGGUGAUACAGCAAUACCAAUAACAACACCACCUAUACUUCCAUCAUUUCCUCGAAUACCAACUCCACCAUUACCACGUAUAUCUUCUCCACUAGAAAAACCUGCAACUCCAUCAUUACCACCUAUGUCUUCUUCAGCAGAACAACUUGCGACUUCAUCAUCCGAACCGCUUGAAACUGUACCAUCAAAAAAACCCACAUCACCAUUACCAACAAAACCUCUGACUCCACUUUCUGUAAAAAAUCUUUCUCAACUUGAAGAACCAUUUCCACCAUAUAUUAGUAAUUAUGACAAAAUUCGUCGAGAUUUAUUAGCAGCUAUUGAAGAACGAACAAUUCCAUCACUUGAAGAAGCUGUUCGACAAGUUAAAGAUUAUAAUUAUAUUCACCAAUUAAAAUAUGAAUGUGAACGAGCAUUAGAAUUAUUAAAUCGUUUAAUGAAAAUUGAACAUAUGAGAUUUUCACCUGUACUUUGGGGAAGAAUUAAAGUACUUCGAUUAAAUCAAUCAACAAUUGCUGAACUACAUAGUUAUGCAAAACCACCAGAUGAAGUUUCAACAGUGAUGCGUGCGACAUUUUUACUUCUUGGACAUUCAGAAAAAGAAAUACAAGAUUGGCCACAGAUUCAAAAUAUAUUAGGUCGUUUUGGAAGAGAAAGUGUACGUCGUCGAUGUUAUGAAUUAAAUCCACUUAGUAUACCUGUUGAUAAAGCACGUGAAGCAAAAGAUAUAUUAAAAAAUUAUGAUUUAAUACGUGUUACUGAAAUAUCUGUUGGUUUAUCAGCAUUUUUUAAUUGGGCUAUGACAAUGAUUGAAGAACGAGAAAAAUUAUUAGAAUCACAACGAAGAAUUAUUCGAUAA